GACCACCUUUACUUUUAACUGCGACCCUUUGCUUCUCCAAUCUUAAUUUCUCUCAGCAGCACCAUUCUUACAGUGCACAGUGCGCUCUUCUGGAUCACUGUCCUUAAAGCGAAAUUCCAAGUCCAAAGUGUUUUUCUGGUCAGAGUUCACUGCUGUUUCCUCAGUGGCUCAAGAGGUUUCAAGCGCAAAGUCGGAGCUUAAUACAUCCUGUGAGAUGAACAGGCACAGUCAGCCUCUUUCGCUGAAAUCUUUUAGAAAUCAAAUCAGUCUCCUCCAACCGGCCCCAGCGGAGCGCGCUACCGCUGCACGGCCGACUCAGCUGGCCCCGCCGCUCCCCGGCCUGCACCCUGCUCUGGCAGCUGCUGUCCGCAGCAGCCGGAACGUUUCUGCCAGGCUGCAGCGCUCUGCGGAAGAGCUUCAGCGGUGCGCUUCUAGGCCGGCGGCGCGUCGUUCGCGCCGGGCCGGGAAAUUGUUAAAGAAGAUGAAUCUGGCUCACUUAACGCUACAAUAGAAGACAUUCUUUUCAAGGCAAAAAGAAAAAGGCCGAGUAUUUGAACACCAUGGACAAGUUCGACUUGGAAUGAUGCGCCACCUUUAUGUGGCGAUAGACGGAUCGCGGACAAUGGAGGACCAAGAUUUAAAGCCUAAUAGACUGACAUGUACAUGAAAGGUACAGAAAGAUCACUUAAAGUCAUUUACAUGUGUCCCAAAUGCAGGAGGGACAGUGGAUUCUGGAAAAAAGUGCAGGAAAUUUUUUUCUAGUUGAUACAAGUGACAGCUAAGAGAUAUGCUACAAGGAAAUAGUACAAGGAAAUAAUAAGCUUCCGGGAGAACAUGGCGGAUAGUUAACAGCAACUACCGGAGGCUCUCUGAAAGGCUCGGCUCAGAAAUCAGGAAUGAUGCGGACUAAGGAGACAUGAGCCGGUAGAGAUAUGCUCUGCUGACUCAGGAACGAACUGGGCUGAGAGAAACCAACUUGGAAUGCAGUCCUGGCGCUAAAAUAGGAACAGAAAAGUCUCGGUGUGGAGGCUGGACCCCGCGCCAUUGGAAACUGCAGUUUGGAUUUCCCGCCGCUCAGCGGCUGACUGCCUCCACAGCGGCUCGGCAAGGAGAGAUGCGCAGAAGCUCUGAGAACAGGAGUCUGCGAACGGAGACCAAAACAGGAUGGACAAGGAGGCGUACACGAAAACUGACUGGUGGCGAGGUGAGUGAGAGAAACUGACACUCCACCACAGUUUGACUCCAGCGGAGGACUUUCUGGGCUCGGGCAGUCCUGUAAGAGCAGGGUGCGGUGCCGACUCCAGCCACACAUUCCCCUCUCGGACGGGAUUGGUGAAAAGUGCCUGGCCUGUGUGAUGCUGCGGGCGGACUUGGUAGGCUGGCCUAACCCAGAUCCCAGAGCCUGAUGGUGGCCCGGAGGGGUAACUCCCGCGUAGGCUGCCUAGUCCGUAACUCCCUGGUGCGCAGCGGUGGGCGGGAACACCUAGCCAGCGCAAUUUGAUCAGGCUGUGGCUGACAGGCAGGGAAGCUGGGCCUCCUAUGUAAGCUUGCAUUUUAUAAGGAACGGAGAAAAUGGGGAAGGGAAGCAACAAGAAAGGCUCCUCGGCCCCCAAUUCUGAGAAACAGGCAAUAGUGGACACCGCACCAAUAGACAUUAAGCGCCAUAUAGAGAGCCUCAUAGACCAAUUCAGGAAUGAAGUUAUCAACGACCUGAAGCUAGAAAUAUCCAGAAUAGUUAGAGAAAUGCUAAGCACCACCCAGGAAAAAACAGAUGGUGGAAUGGAAGAACAGAAAAAGAGGGGAGAAUUGUUUGAUGGAGAAAACAGAGAAAGCAUAGAGUACGUGAAGCAGGUUCAAAGGGACUAUCAAGAAAUUAAGAAGUCUAUCCAAGACUGGCAUAACAGCUUGAAAGAAACUAAGGACAGACUAUCUGAACUGGAGGGCAGACUUGUAAUAUGGGAGAAUGAAAUGAAAAACUUCUUAAAAAUAACAAAGAAACAAACAGCAAUAAUACAAAGACAAGAAGAUGAUAAGAGGAGCCAUAACUUAAGGAUUAAGAACAUAAAAGAAGAAGUAGGGACACAAACAAGUGAACUACAAAAGCUACUCACAGAAAUAAUCCAGGAGAAUUUUCCUAAUUUAGCAAAAGAUAAAGAUACUCAGAUGUAUGAGGCUUACAGGACCCCAGCUACCUAUAACCCUAACAGAGAAACACCCAGGCAUAUAAUAAUAAAAAUUCCAGAAAUUCAAUACAAGAACAGAAUAUUAAAAGCUGUAAGAGACAAGAAACAGACCACUUACAAGGGAACACCCAUCAGAAUUACAGCAGAUUUCUCUGCACAAACCAUCAAAUCACGAAGAGCAUGGGGGGAAAUAAUUCAAGCUUUGAAAGAUAAUAAUCUCCAGCCAAGAUUGAGAUAUCCUGCACAACUGUCCCUGGAAAUUGAUGGAAAAACAAGGUGCUUCCAGGAUAAAGAGGAACUGGGGGAAUUUGCAACCACCAAUUCAACUCUACAGAAAGUAUUGCAGGAUAUUCUAAAAAAAGAAAAAUACAAAGAACCCAGAAAUAGUGGCGGGGAGGCCACAACGAAUGGAGCAGAGAACAAAAUGAAGAAGACAAACUGACACCUACUGACAGAAAAAGAGCUCAACAGAAAUGAGACAGAGAAGAUUGGAUGAUAGGAACAGCUAUUUUAGAGAAAAUGACAUCUUAAUAGUUGUUGGAGUACUUUGUAGAAGAGUAUUUUGAUCAAAAUCCUAUCAGUCAGACACGUGCCUGGACACACAAAUAGAGAAGUCCUCAUCAUCUUUAGCAGUCUUACAACUUGUGAUCCAUCGACUAUUUAUGAUCUGAUUAAGACCCUGAAAGCAGCUAAAAUCAGAGUGUCCAUCAUUGGGCUGUCGGCAGAGGUUCGGGUUUGCACUGCACUUGCUCGGGAAACUGGAGG